AGCUAACGUGCUUUCCUUUAGCAGGACCAGCAAACCGCCUCGCUAACUGGCAUUGUUGAUGCGUUCAGGUGAAUUGACGUGGUCGACACUCGGUGAAUGCAGUACAAGGGACUCCUCAUUAGUAUCGAGGUUAUGCACUUAUGUCACAUUCCCACUGGAACACGCCCCCUCAUUGAGGUGCCACUCGGACUGAGUGGCAAAACAUGCCUGUGUUCAACACAUUCUUUAGGAGUUCCUUAGGAAAUUUAAAAAUUUGACCAAUCGCUUCUAACUUUAAGUUUCAAAAGGUAAGUAAAUAACAAGAAAAAAAUAUGUUUGCAUACUGUUCAUUGAUGCACCAGAGAGAAGAGAGUACUUGUUUACCCCAUUAUGUUAUUUGUGUGUCUCAUUGCUGAAAAGUAAAUCUGACAAUUAUCAAAGUAUAUUAAACUUAAUGAGGAAUCGCAGAGCUUUCUGUUGCUAAUUAACCGAUACGGGAUGACGGUGAACUUUGAUCUUGACGCGCCUGUUAUUCGUUUUUAUAAGCAUCAGAAUUUUGUUUCUUGAAAUACGUUUCAUCCUGAAGAGUUCAUCAACCGUUUUUUACUUUUUAAAUAAAGUAUUCAGCGAAUUAUACAUAAAACAAUAACACGCUUAACCCGGGAAUGAAAGAAGUGUGUAAAUGAAGUAUGCAGUUCUGUACAUUAAGGACUGUAAAACUGAAACCGGAAAAGGAAGCAAUUUUAUUUUAAAAUCAUUCUCCUGAGUUCCGGGCCUGGCGGCACGGUGGACGACUGGUUAGAGCGUUUGCCUCACAGUUCUGAGGUCUGGGGUUCAAUCCCCGACCCCGCCUGUGUGGAGUUUGCAUGUUUUCCCCGUGCCUGCGUGGGUUUUCUUCGGGUACUCCGGUUUCCUCCCACAUCCCAAAAACAUGCAUGGUUGGUUAAUUGAUGACUCUAAAUUGCCCGUAGGUGUGAAUGUGAGUGCGAAUGGUUGUGUGUUUGUAUGUGCCCUGCGAUUGGCUGGGCACCAGUUCAGGGUGUACCCCGCCUCCUGCCCGAUGAUAGCUGGGAUGGGCUCCAGCACUCCCGUGACCCUUGUGAGGAUAUGCGGCUCAGAAAAUGGAUGGAUGGAUGGAGUUCCGGGCCUGACGGUGGAGGUUGAGGUCUGCAGGAUGGUAGAUGAUCAUCGUUACUCUGUUCCUUUUGUCCUUCUCUGUUUUUUGUUUUAGGUUUUUCAGGUUAUUCAUGACGCCAUGAUUUAUGGUCCAAAUCGUCAAAAGCAGUUUUUUUUCCAUCCGGUUACUUGGCUGGCAGCGCCCCUUGGUGCAUGGUGGAGCGGUCUGGACAACAUGACGCAGCAGUUUCCGUAGUGUAGUGGUUAUCAUGUUUGCCUCACACGUGAAAGGUCCCUGGUUCGAAACUGGCUGGCUUUGUAUUUUUUCAUCUGCCAUGAUAACUAUGGGUAGAGAUUUGUCUCAAAAUGAUUUCCACAAAUAUAUCCAUGAUUUACACACGUUUCUUAAAUGUUGUGUGUGCAUUUAUCAUAACUUGACAUGAUGAUGAUGAAUAUUUACAUGAUAUCAUUUGUCAAUAUUAAUUUCUGCUUGUCGAUUGUUGAAGGUGUGUUUGUGGAUCAGCGAGCGAGCGCGUUUAUUUUUUAUACAAACGUAACGCAGUUUUCAAGAUAUUCCUACGCACACACACACACUAUAAAAUAGAUGAUUGAGAGCAAGCCACUUAUUAUUUAAACACUGUAAUAAUAAGCUGGUUUUUGUAUCGUGCUGACAGAUGAGGAAGGUGAUUUAUUUUAAUUUUCCUUACUAAUGACGGGACGGCCUGUUUUCCACCUGGUUCAGCCACGGUCGGCUUACUGGGGAUUUCGGCAGGGUCGGACCAUCGACAGUUGGAUUCCCUUAAAAAUGACUCGCAGUCAAGUCAUCAUCCUGAUAGGAAACUGCAGCACUGUGGCAUCAGAGGAUGUCAAUAUUGACUGGAUCAAAGGCUUUUGACAAGUCCAAAACAGAGCGGAAAGUGUUGCGAUCGUCGUGUGAAAAUGUGUGCAAGGAGGACAGCAGAGUACGAGGAGAAACUUUGUGGCCCAAAAGAGGAGAAGGAGCCACAACGUCAACUACUGGACGCUGUGUUCAAUCUGCAGCCUCGAAUUGUGCUACACAGAGCAGACGUCAGUGAAAAUCUUCAUCCUGAGCGGCAGCAGUCAGUGUCCCCUCACAUCAAAGAGGAAGAGGAGGAUGAAGAGGUUCAACACAUCAAAGAGGAGGAGGAAGAGUUCCUUCACAUUAAAGAGGAAGAGCAGGAGGAAAUCAUCGACUGAUGUCCCUUUGAAGAGUGAAGAUGAAGGUCGAAGUGAGGAGAGACGAGGGGCGGAGCCACCAAACAGCAACAGCUCAAGUGAUGGAGACCACUGUGGAGGAUCACAAACAGACGGUGAUGAUGAUGAUGUUGAUGAUGAACAGUUGGAAGGUGAUAUGACAUGUCACACUGCCAAUAAAUGCUGGAAAUGUUCUAAAUGUAGGAAAACCUUUGCUUCGAAGAGGAAUUUCAAACGACACAUGAAAAUACACACUGGAGAGAAGCCCUUUGCAUGCCCAGUUUGUGGUCAAAGAUUCUCUGUGAAGAGAUACUUAACAAUACACACAAGAACACACACUGGAGAGAAACCUUUUUCCUGCUCAGUUUGUGGUCAAAGGUUCUCUCUAAAGGAAAGCUUAAAAAUACACACAAGAACACACACUGGAGAGAAGCCAUUUGCCUGCUCAAUUUGUGGGCAAACUUUCUCUCAGAAGGGAAACUUAAAAACUCACACAAAAACACACACUGGUGAGAAGCCUUUUGCAUGCUCAGUUUGUGGUCAAAGAUUCUCCCAAAAGGAAAGCUUAAAUAGACACACAAGAACGCACACUGGUGAGAAGCCCUUUGCCUGCUCAGUUUGUGGUCAAAGAUUCUCUGAAAAGGGAACUUUAAUAAUACACACAAGAACCCACACUGGUGAGAAACCUUUUGCCUGCUCAGUUUGUGGUCAAAUAUUCUCUCACAAGGAAAGCUUAAAAAUACACACAAGAACACACACUGGAGAGAAGCCCUUUGCAUGCUCAGUUUGUGGUCAAAGGUUCUCUCAGAAGGGAACCUUAAAAAUGCACAAAAGAACCCACUCUGGUGAAAAACCUUUUGCAUGCUCAGUUUGUGGUCAAAGAUUCUCCCUAAAGGAAAACUUAAAAAUACACACAAGAACCCACACUGGUGAGAAACCUUUUGCAUGCUCAGUUUGUGGUCAAAGGUUCUCUCAAAGGGAACAUUUGACAAGCCACAUAAGAACACACACUGGAGAGAAGCCCUUUGCAUGCUCAGUUUGUGGUCAAAGGUUCUCUCAGAAGGGAUACUUAAAAAUGCACAAAAGAACCCACUCUGGUGAGAAACCUUUUGCAUGCUCAGUUUGUGGUCAAAGAUUCUCUCGUAAGGCUCUGGUUAAAACACACAAGUGUCCCGGUGAGACAAGCAGUGAUCAAGAAGCUUUUAAUGCAAAUGUAAAUGUUUAAUAUAAAAGUAAUUACGAUGUUACUGACAGACAUCUACUUGCUUGUAUUCUGUGUACCAGCUUUUAUUGUAUGUAUCUUCUUCUUGUCCAUAUAGUUUCUAAAAGCCCCGUGAGUGUUGAGAAUGAACACUGUUGCCAAAAUACUUAAAAGGGACUAGUUAAAGGUGGUGGGAAAGAGGGCGGCUGUGGAUCAGUAGAGCGGGUCGUCCAGUGACCGAAGGGUCGCCGGUUCGAACCCUGGCUCCGACUGUCCGUAUGUGGAAGUGUCCUUGGGCAAGACACCGAACCCUAAUUUGCUCCCAGUGAGCCUGGCAGCGCCUUGCACGGCAGCAGCCGCCCAGUGGUCAUCAGUGGAAUCAUUUACUGAUAAAAUAUUUGAUUUUCAGUCGCGUUGGAAAUCUCUGGCACGAGGCCGAUUCAAUACAUACAGUGGGUACUGAAAGUAUUCAGACCCCUUUAAAUGUUUCAGUUAUAUUGCAGCCAUGAUGUACAAAAACAGUAAAAUACAUCUACAAGACAAUAUAAUCCAGGAUACAUAAUCAAAGACUUACUAUACUAUUAAGAGAGAAUAAAACCACAAAUCAUUUGAUCAUAACAAAAAAAACAUCAUAACAUCCUUGUCUUUUAGUGUUGGCAGUCCCAGUUUAAAAGACUGUAUUUUAAAAAAAUUGCACAGUGAUGAUAGUGCCUUGGUUUUUUUAUCCAUCACUUUAAUUACUUGUUUGUACACAAAACAUUCUGACCAGCCUGGCACCAACUGGUUAUGCAAUAGUUGAAGUGACUAAGAAUCAUUGACUGCAAUUACAUUUUUGCGGCUUCAGUUGACAUUUCAUUUCGAAUUGCACGAAAAUUUGUGAGGUUUAAUUUGAUGUUUUGUCAAUAUGGGCUUUAAAGAAAAGCUGUAAAUCUAUUAUUAACCCAAGAUAUUUGUAUUGGGUGACAAUUUGCAUUUUUUCUCCAUUAACAAGUAUGUCGGGGUCAGGUGAUACUCUAUUUGUUUUAGUGAAAUACAUGCCUACAGUUUUAGAAACUGUAGACAGCACUCCUGAAACCAAGUUGUGACACAGGACAUUGUAUGAGUGAGUUUAGCAGCAACAGUAUCUUUGGAGCGACCAUGAACAAAGAAAACCGUGUCGUCUGCAUACAUUACGCACUCUGCUUCAGAACAAAGAGUGGGCAAAUCGUUGAUAUAAAGACUAAAUAAAAGGGGGACUCGUAUUGAUCCCUGAGGGACUCCAGAGGUUAGCCUAAGAGACUCUGAUCUGCAGUUGUUAACUGAUACAGAUUGUGUUCGGUCAUGCAGAUAUGAUUCAAUCCAGCUCACAGCUUUGCGAGAGAAGUUCAAUUUUGAGAGCUUGGUAAGAAGAACAGAGUGAUUUACUGUAUCGAAAGCUUUCCUGAGGUCCAAGAACACCGCCCCUACAACACCACCCUUGUCGAGAGAAGAUUUUAUUUUCUCAAUGAAGAGGCAUGUAGCCAUUUCAGUUGAAUGCUUGGAUCUGAAACCAAACUGCGUGGCGUGGAGAGAGGGGGAGCUGCUGUUUAAAUAAUGGACAAUCUGCUCUGACACCCAUUUUUCUGCAACUUUGGAAAUGGCCGGAAGAAUGCUUAUAGGUCGGUAGUUAUUCAGAGAAGUUGAGUCACCGGAUUUAAAGACAGGGGUAACAAUAGCAGAUUCCCAGGCCUUUGGAAAGUGACCAGAUGAAAUUGAAAGAUUAAUGAUUGAGGCAAUAGGAGGAGCAAGAUCUACCUAUUCAACCUAGAUCUUUGAGCAUGUUCGUGUCCAUUCCAAAAACAUCCUUUGCCUUAGAUGGUUUGAGUGAAUGAAUUAAAUCGCUAACUUUGGUCUCAGUAAUAUUUGUAAUAGUAAAGAACUGCGUUGCAGACAAUGCAGGGUAUUCCUUCCUUUGUUUAACUGCAAACUUAGAAGAGAUUUCUGACACAGAUUCAAUGAAGUAGUUGUUAAAAGCAUCAGCCAUCACUUGAGGUUCCGUCAGGAUGUUUCCAUUUAAUUGAAUUUGCAUUAGUUUUGUUUUGUUAUUUUGUGUAUCACCCAAUAGUUUUUUAAUAUAAUUCCAGGUUAUUUUUGGAUUUUCUUAUUUCUUUCACUACCCUAUUUCUCAGUGAAAUAAAGUGGUGUCUAUUGUAUCCUGAUUUGACCGACAACUUCAAGGAAUGAUCGCGUUCUUUCAUCAGUUUCAGAAUAAAUGUGUUUAACCAAGGAAGGCCAUUCUUUCUAGCUUUUAGUUUAAUUAUCCGUGUAAAUUGUAUAAUCAUUUCUUGUAUUUUGUUGGCAAAUUUAGAACAAUCCUCAUCUAAAUUUUUGCCAGCGAGUAAUACAUCCCAGUUUACUUCUUGGAUAGAAUCUUGGAAAUGUUGUUGUUCAUGUUUUGGUAUCACCUCUUUUGCAAGAUUGAGUUGUUUCAGUAAAAUUUCCAGCUUUUCAUAAAAACCUGCAUUUGAUGAGGGAGGCCUAUAAAUAACUACAAGAAUAAAAGACAUUUGCUGUGACAAAGAAACAGUUAGUCCAAGAAAUUCUAAUCCAUUCUCAUCUGUAACAUGUAUUUCAUUACAAUUAAAAGUGUCCUUGGCAUAAAUCAUAACACCUCCUCCCUUAGAACCCUGUCUGUCUUUUCUAAACAUUUUAUAACCAGGUACAGAUAGUAUUGCUGAGGGCGAAGAUUCAUGGAGCCAUGUCUCAGAUAGGCAGAGGAAAUCAAUAUUUGAGUCAAUGAGAAGGCGAUUGACCUGAUCACUUUUUGUUAAAAUGCUUCGUAUAUUUAAGUGUGCACAAAGAAUGCCUUUUGGUUUACGUGUUGAGUCCCAUAUUAAUUUAGAGUUAUUAACGGUUUGGAACACCCUGCAUUUCCGGUGCUUUAGUAUUGCGGGGUUUGGCAGCCCCCCUUUUCUUUUAUUGGCAAUGUUUGCAUCUAGCUUUACGCUGCCACCUUCCGCAUCAGCCAGCAGUGGAGGAGGCCCACCGAGUAGAAGUGGAGGCCCAGCCGGCAGAGGUGGAGGCCCAGCCGGCAGAGGUGGAGGCCCAGCCGGCAGAGGUGGAGGCCCAGCCGGCAGAGGUGGAGGCCCAGCCGGCAGAGGUGGAGGCCCAGCCGGCAGUGGUGGAGGCGCAGCCGGCAGUAGUGGAGGCCCAGCCAGCAGUGGUGGAGGCCCAGCUAGCAGUGGUGGAGGCCCAGCUAGCAGUGGUGGAGGCCCAGCAAGCAGUGGUGGAGGCCCAGCCGGCAAUGGUGGAGGCCUAGCUAGCAAUGAUGUUAGCUGAUCUAGCAGUGGUGUUAGCCCGGCUCCUCGAGGUAAAGGCCCAGUUGGCAGUGAUGUUGGCCCAGGUAGCAGAGGUGGAGGCCCAGCGAGCACUGGCCCAGGGUUUAGUUCAACAUCACCAGCCAAAAGAAGUAUUAGCAAGAGAUUAAAAACACCCAGGAGUGGUUUGCCUGUGACAGCCUGUUCCUGCUCACCUGGGGGUGGCCUGGCAUGGCCAUAGUCCAGUACCCUUGUGAAUAGCAUGUGCUGACUCCAUCUGGCUGGAUACAAGGUUAGAGUGUCCCUUUUUCUUAGACAUGUUGAACUUAGCAGAAGAUAGCGGGUUAUCCAAACAGCAAAGGAAUACGUUGAUAGCAUAAUCCAUGGUCCUAUUUGAUCUUUGGAUGACUUUUUAAGCAAACACACAGGACCUGCCAAACUGUGUGGCUGCACCCCAGCAGCCAUCUUGUUUUUUCUGCGGACUUUGUAUCGGUCCGUUGUGGUUAAGAAGGAGUGAAGCCGAAAGGCGAAGGUCUCAAUUUACCGGUCGAUCUACGUUCCUACCCUAAACUAUGCUCACGAGCUGUGGGUCGGGACCAAAAGAAUGAGAUCCUGGAUGCAAGCGACCGAAAUUAGUUUCCUCCGUAGGGUAUCUGGGCUCUCCCUUAGAGAUAGGGUGAGAAGCUCGGUCAUCCCGGAGGAGCUCAAAGUAGAGCCGAUGCUCCUCCGCAUUGAGAGGAGCCAGAUGAGGUGGCUGGAGAAUCUGAUUCGGACGCCUCCCGUAUGCCUCCCUGGUGAGGUGUUCCGGGAACCCCACAGGAAGGAGACCCCGGGGACGACCCAGGACACGGUGGAGAGACUACGUCUCUCGGCUGGCCUCCGAACGCAUCGGGAUCCCCCCGGAAGAGCUGGAUGAAGUGGCUGGGGAGAGGGAAGUCUGGGCGUCCCUGCUAAAGCUACUGCCCCCGUGACCCGACCUCGGAUAAGCGGUAGAAAAUGGAUGGACAUCAGAUUUGGGUGGGACCACUUUUGUUGGAUACCUGGGGUGGUGUAGUGUCCACCAGAACUGGACUGGUGUUGUGAUAACUCAUAGAUUUUUUUAAUGAAUUUUUGAAAUCCGUGUUCAUGACAGUGGAAUAUACCAAUUUCAGGGGACUUUUAUUAUGAAAUGCCACAUCAGAUUUGGAUGGGACCUCUUUUGUUGGAGACCUGGGGUGGUGUCGUGUCCACCAGAACUGGACUGGUGUUGUGAUAACUCAUAGAUUUUUUUAAAUGAAUUUUUGAAAUCCGUGAUCAUGACAUGACGUGAUCACUUGAAAUUGGUAUAUUUCACUACCAAUUUCAAGAGUCUUUUAUUUUGAAAUGCCACAUCAGAUUUUGAUGGGACCUCUUUUGUUGGAGACUUGGGUAGGUGGAGUGUCCCCCAGAACUGAACCAGUGUUGCGAUAUCUCAUUAAAAAGAUUUAACAGAUUUUUUCAGUCAGGGGUAAUGACAGCAAAAUAUGCAGUUUUCAGAGACUUUUAUUUUGAAAUACAAUAUCAUAUCUUCAUCAAACAUCUUUUCGUGGAGUCCUUGGUGGUCUGUCACACAGAUCUGGACUUGUCUUGCGAUACCAAUGGGAUUAUAUUGGGGUGGCUUUGCCUCAGUAGGUAGAACAGGUUCGAAUCCCUCCUACGACUGUCCGCAUGUCGAUGUGUCCUUGGGCAAGACACUGAACCCUAAUUGGCUCCCAGUGGGCCUGGCAGCGCCUUGCAUGGCAGCAGCCGCCCAUUGGUUUAUGAAUGUGUGUGUGAAUGUGAGGCUUUGUAAAGCGCUUUGGGCACUGUGAUGAUGUAGAUAAAGUGCGAUAUAAGUGCAGGCUAUUACCAUUAAAUGUUCCCAAGAUAUCAAAUAAAGUACAUUUUUUAAUGUAUGUCAAGAUUAAAAUUAACUUUGCUGGUUUCAUUCCUUCACCGAAGAGUACUGACGUCCGUAUUAUUGGGAGGCUUUUAUUUUUGAAGGUGGCUUUCGCCGCCAGUUGGCGACCUAUUUCCGUAAUGCCUAGUAUGAACAAAAUUAGGGGCGGCUGGCUUGGCUGCUACUUUCCGAGUGGAGGCUGGCUUGACCGCAGUAAUAACAUCCUGUAACACCUAUUUUAUGAACCCAUUUGUAGAAUCUCGACAAUGUUCAAAGACAUAUUUUCUCUCCAGAUGUCACAAAUGAGCUGUUUUCUUUCUGUCUCAUAUUUCUUCCAAUGCAUCAUUCCGUUCUCCUGUUUCCUCUUGUUGACUUUGGUGCUUUGCCAUUUUAACUAACGUAGUGUUUAACCCACAGUGUCCAAAUCGUAAUCUUGAUGUCAUUGUUUCACAUCUGAUUUGCACUUGCUUUUCUCAUC